UUCCAAAGUGGUUGUACCAUUUUACAUUCCCACCAGCAGAGUGUAAGUGUUCUAGUCUCUGUAUACCAGAGUUCUUGCUGGCUGCCCACAAAUCUACCUCCCAGAAGAGAAUAUUAAACAUGAAAUCAUGUAGUAAUUGGUGUUUUGGGUGGUUAAAUUUGUGUCAUACUUCUUGGGGCAUGGUAUAGAGAGAUGUGUACCAGGGUGUAGUGCUAAAUGGGGAAAUUAACUGGAGUUGGAUAGUGGGAAUGCAUUAUUAAGGUUCUUUUUUGUUAUACUUGAAUCCUGGGAGGUGCUAUCUGAAAAUUGACCUGGGACUUGUUCUCAGGGGCAGUGAAUGCUGGUGAGUGAGGUAUGCCUGUGUGGCCAUUUCAACCAGACACACUCCCCUUUAUGAGGUCUCUACUUCUCCUGGGGACCAAAGGGCCUUAAGCGCUGAUCAGGCCUCAAUGCUUCCCUGAGCCCUCGCCCACUUCAGCCUGCCCUUAAGGGGAAGGUGGACAAAGCCAGUGUUCUGAAAGGAUGACGCAAAAUGGGGCAAGAUAGUGAGAAGUAGGACAGCUUCUUAUUUCAUUCUGGUUUCCUUCUGGGACUUACAGGGGCUUCUCCCCUGCGUGGGUAAGUGCCUGUUGGGGGUUGGGUGGUGGGCUAGGCUGGGGAGUGGGGCACAGGGAGCUAAGUAGCAGCCAUAGUGCCCUGGAGUCACUGGGCUGAGGAAGGGCUGAGGCCCCUGCAGGGCACAGACACUCUGAGCAACUGACAGUUUCCCCAGCAGGGCCCUCAAUCUUCCCUCUGGCCACAAACCCCACCCUGCAGGCCUCAAACUUACCCAAUCAAGGCCUUUUCCUUUCUCAAUCUUUCAUCUCAAUGUGCUAGAGUGUCUGGGUAGAGUCAAGCCCAGCUCUGGACUCUCUAUUACAGAACCAUCUGACAACCCCCAUUCUACACACCCCAACACAAGGAAGGGGCAAUAUGGCCCUGGAGCCUCCAUACAUGCUGCUGGUCCUGCUGGCCCUGGUCUCAGGUUCCUGGGUGCAGCGUCUGGAGGCAGAGCUUCAGCAGGGAGUGGCUGGGGAGACACUGACGGUGACAUGCUGGUACUUAAACAAAGGUGGUCAGUAUGAGGCCAAAGUAUGGUGUAAAGCAAACUCAGAUGGAUGUGAGUAUUUAAUCGUCAUUUCCAAGCCCAGGACCCUGGUUCAGGACACUCAAUACAUGAUCUGGGAUGACCCUGACUCUGGCUUCCUUAAUAUCACUAUGAACAAGCUCACGGAGCAGGACUCGGGAACCUACUGGUGUGGAAUCGUAAAUACAUCUGCAAAUUCCGUCACCAAGAUAAGAGAGAUUUCUCUGGAGGUUUCUCCAGAGAGGAUGCUUGGUUCAGCUCCCAACAAUGGCUCUAAUGACAGCAAUUUGAUGGUGAUUCUGUUGUCUGGAUUCUUUACCACCAAGGGCCUGCUGCUGAUAGCCCUCCUUGUGCUCCUGAGCUAUAAAGUCCUGUCAUACAGCAGUUCUGUGGGAGCAGCAGCAAUGGCUACCCCUAGCCCAGCCAAGAUCCCGGGGCCUAUGGGCUCUUCCCGCUGAGCCUGGGGACCCAGGGUGGAUUCUGUACUCUCACCUCCUCCUGUUCUUUCAUGACCACUGAGAUCCCCAGCCUCCGAGAGGGAACUAGCUGUUCCUGCGCCUGUGGAAGGAGUCUCCCAGCGCCUGCAUCCACUGCUGUGGGGGCGCCUCUCAUCCAGAACUGUGAACUCCCACAGAGCCACAGAAACGACGUGGGGGGAAAUUUCCCUGUUUUCUAUUUCCUGGACUAACUUGUAUCAAUUAGGGAAUAUCUGUACUUUGAAAAAAAAAGCCCUGGUAAUGCAGUGGUUAUGUGUUCGACUGCUAAUCGAAAUGCCCCAGGUUCCAACCCACCAGCUGCUCCACGGGAGCAAGAUGUGGCAGUCGGCUUCUUUACAGAUUACAGCCUUGGAAACCCUGUGGGGCAGUUCUACUCUGUCCCAUAGGAUCCAUAUAUGUCAAAAUGGACUUGAUGGCAAUGGUUUUUUUUUGUUUGUUUUCUGUCAUUUCUGUAUUGAAUUGAUUUCUGCCUGUCUUAAUUAGGAUAAUCUUACUGCUGUAACAGAUAUAUUCCAAAACACCAGAGAAUAAAAAUGGAUU